AUGCCCCUUCUUUUCGUGAUACAACAGAUGAUGCUGCUGUGCACCGCAUGUCCCGUUCCUCACGGCCCGAAGCAGCUUUCACUUGCAAGGCCAAACCAAGCGCAAACGUUGCUACCGCACGUCAGCAUCGGCGUAUUGCACGGACAUCAAGCAGCAACCAUGACUCAAGGCCAAAAGGGUACAAGAGCACGGCCCGAAGCAGCUUUCGUCAGUGGGCACGGCAACCGUCCGAGCGACAAGUUAUCUAACAUGCCCCUUCUUUUCGUGAUACAACAGGUUAGUGAAGGCGAUUGCAUGUGUUUCAAAUCUGACAACCGAUGUAUUAUUGUUCUGCCGUGCCCACGAGUGUUUUUUGCCUGUGCCUUGCAGUGUCGGGAUAAUUUAUUCUUGCUUCUUUCUGGGGACGUCGAGUUAAAUCCGGGCCCGGAUACAACACUAGAAAAAAUGAUUAAACAAGUUCUUGAAAAUCAAAAGCAAAUGAGUAGUGAAAUUAAAGAAGUGAAGAAAAACCAGGUUACGUCCCAACAAAGACAGGACGAAAUGGCUGCAAAGAUCACCCGCCUUGAAACGGCUCUAGACGCCCUCCAGAAGAGCAAUCGAGAUAUUGUUCAGCUACGGGGAACAGUUCAAAAAUAUUUCGCGUGA